AUGUCCCCUUCCUUGCUUCCCCUCAUCCCCUUCAUUGCUUUCCCCCAUCCCCUUCACUGCUUUCCCCCAUCCCCUUCACUGCUUUCCCCCAUCCCCUUCCCUGCUUCCCCCAAUUCCCUUCCCUGCUUCCCCCCAUCCCCUUCCCUGCUUCCCUGCUUCCCCCCAUCCCCUUCACUGCUUUCCCCUAUCCCCUUCACUGCUUUCCCCCAUCCUCUUCACUGCUUUCCCCCAUCCCCUUCCCUGCUUCCCCAUGUCCCCUUCCCUGCUUCCCCCCAUCCCCUUCCCUGCUUCCCCAUGCACCUUCCCUUCCCUGCUUCCCCGUGUUCCCUUCCCUGCUUCCCCCCAUCCCCGUCUCUUCUUCCCCCCAUCCCCGUCCCUGCUUCCCCCCAUCCCCUUCCCUGCUUCCCCCCAUCCCCUUCCCUGCUUCCCCAUGUCCCCUUCCCUGCUUCCCCCCAUCCCCUUCCCUGCUUCCCCCCAUCCCCUUCCCUGCUUCCCCCCAUCCCCUUCCCUGCUUCCCCCCAUCCCCUUCCCUGCUUCCCCAUGUCCCCUUCCCUGCUUCCCCAUGUCCCCUUCCCUGCUUUCCCCCAUCCCCUUCCCUCCUUCCCCCCAUCCCCUUCACUGCUUCCCCCCAUCCCCUUCCCUGCUUCCCCCCAUCCCCUUCCCUGCUUCCCCCCAUCCCCUUCCCUGAUUCCCCGUGUCGCCUUCCCUGCUUCCCUAUGUCCCCUUCGCUGCUUUCCCCCAUCCCCUUCCCUGCUUCCCCAUGUCCCCUUCCUUGCUUCCCCUCAUCCCCUUCACUGCUUUCCCCCAUCCCCUUCACUGCGUUCCCCCAUCCCGUUCACUGCUUUCCCCCAUCCCCUUCCCUGCUUCCCCCAAUUCCCUUACCUGCUUCCCCCCAUCGGUGUCUCUGCUUCCCCCCAUCCCCUUCCCUGCUUCCCUGCUUCCCCCCAUCCCCUUCACUGCUUUCCCUUAUCCCCUUCACUGCUUUCCCCCAUCCUCUUCACUGCUUUCCCCCAUCCCCUUCCUUGCUUCCCCAUGUCCCUUUCCCUACUUCCCCCCAUCCCCUUCCCUGCUUCCCCGUGUUCCCUUCCCUGCUUCCCCGUGUUCCCUUCCCUGCUUCCCCCCAUCCCCGUCCCUUCUUCCCCCCAUCCCCGUCCCUGCUUCCCCCCAUCCCCUUCCCUGCUUCCCCCCAUCCCCUUCCCUGCUUCCCCAUGUCCCCUUCCCUGCUUCCCCCCAUCCCCUUCCCUGCUUCCCCCCAUCCCCUUCCCUGCUUCCCCCCAUCCCCUUCCCUGCUUCCCCAUGUCCCCUUCCCUGCUUCCCCCCAUCCCCUUCCCUGCUUCCCCGUGUUCCCUUCCCUGCUUCCCCCCAUCCCCUUCCCUGCUUCCCCCCAUCCCCUUCCCUGCUUCCCCCCAUCCCCUUCCCUGCUUCCCCCCAUCCCCUUCCCUGCUUCCCCAUGUCCUUUUCCCUGCUUCCCUAGUAUGUGUGUGCGUGUGCGUGUGCACGUCCACCCAGGACCUGAUGCCAUUCAUCGACCGUGACCCCGUGGGAGGCGCACCCGGUGCAGGUGGGGAGGUGCGGCCGCCCAAGAAGCUGCGUGACGUGCCCACAGAGGGGAAGUGGGAGCGGGGUAGGGGCAGUGGCGAGCUGCGAGGAGGACGAGUCUCUUUCCCCAUUGCUCAUUCUCUUCCUCGCUGCUCAUUUUCUUUCCCCUUGCUCAUUCUGUUUCCCCCUGCUCAUUCUGUUCCCCCCCUGUUCACUCCCUUCCCCCAUGCCCACCCUCUUCCCCCCUGCUCACUCCUUUCCCCCCUUCUCACUCUCUUCCCCUCUCCUCACUCUCUUUCCCCCCUGCUCGAUGUCUCCCCUGCACUCUGUUUUUUCCUGCUCAUUCCGUACAGGUGCCCAGCACCAGGUGUCGCAGCUGCUUCCGCUCCUAGUGGGAAGCGCGGCGGGGGCCGGGGCGGCAAGGGGGGCAGGGGUGGCGGGGGUGGGAGUGGGGGGAGUGGUGAUGGGGGCGGUGGGGGUGGUGCUCACAGUGGAGGUGGUCGUGGGGGUGGUGGAGGUGGCAGCGGCGGCAAGGGGGGAGGAGGCGGUGGUGGUGGGGGUGGUGGUGGAGGCGGGAGUGGGACCGGCCAGCAGCAGCAGCAGCCGCAGCAGCAGCAGCAGCAGCAGCAGCAGCAGCAGCAGCGCCAGACCCCCUCCUCUCAGCAGCUUCAUGACUGUGCUUGCACGUGCCACGACUGUGCUUCCGUGCCCGGCGGUCCCGUCUAA